AUGGCCCCUUCUGCAGCCGACAAGAAGACGCUCCAGGAUCUGAUCCAAUCAACCCAGGCACUCCUCCAGCAAUUCAUCUCCUCUCUCCACUCCAUCGAAACCAAUCGACUCGACUCUGCUCCCAACCCGCUCCACGUCCUGCGCGACUCGGCGAAACUGCUCAAGGCACACACCACCAAACUCUCCCUUUUGGCCAUCAACACGCCCUUUACGCCCUCGGAAAUCACCAAGAUCCUCCGUGAACUGGCGGGAACAUGUCUGCCUGCCAUGAUGUCUGCGGUGCAGAUCUGCGAGCAAGAAAAGUCGACGUGGGGCAGUAGCAUGGGCAGAGAAGUGACGAAUCGCGUAAGGAGAGUCUUCCGAGAGGUGGAGAAUCUGCUCAAGGAACUGAAGAGCAUCGCUGGCGGCAACGGCCAAGGAGCAACCAAGGCGCGGGACAGUCUGGCGAGCACGGGAGUCGUCUGGGAGUCGUGCGAUGCUCUGAUCGAGCUGGAGAGACUAGGCGUUGCGGGCUUAGCAGUGAAGAAGGCGGAAGAGUAUCGCGAUACUAUAAAAGAUGCCAUUGCAGAGCUGCAGGAAUGGAAGGACGACGUGGACGAUGCUCUGCUCGACAGUGGCGACGAUGGUGUUGAUGGAGAUGCAGACAGUUUGGACGACAUCUUCCACGCUGCAAACAGCUGCCCCAAAGACCGUCCAGAAUUGAAGGAGCUCCUCGAUGUGGCCACCGGGAAGUUGAAGAAGAUUGUGUUCCUCUACACCGCCAUUGGAAAGAGACGAUUCAAGACAUUUGGAUCCAAGCCAUUGGAAGAUUCACGAAGCGUGCAGGACCUCGACCAUAUCCUCCAAGGUCUGCAUGCCCUCCAAGAAGAUGUCGACGACAUUGCAGCUGGCUUUUACGACCUGGACGAAGACGCGGUGAAGCAAGUGUUGAACAAAUGCGUGGCUGAUGCACGCGAAAUCAGCAACCUCGCACGGCUCGACUGGAGAGCUCAAGAGGACGAAUUUACAGCGUGGCGAGACAAGUGGGACGAAGCUCUUGUUGGGUGAAAAGACGCCAGUGAUAAUUACAAUUCCUCUGCUCACUACUACAAUCUUUCCGCAAUAAUGACUUUCAGCAGGUACUGAAUGAAGGUCGCGGUACCUUACUUGACCUACAAGGUCGCCAAAGCAGCUCCCACCAAUCCAAUGACGAGCGCUGUGCCGACCAUCCUCAUACCCGCCUCGACGCUUGCAGCGCCACCUGUGCUCUGUGCCGGGCCGGAGGCAUUGGUGGCAUUGUGUCCUGUUUCCAUGGAUCCCAUACCCGACGUAGUAUUGGUCAUGUUGGCCAUCUCCGAAUCCGUCAUGUUCAUAUCGUUCUUCGACGUGGCGGAAGGAGUCAUAUCGGUGUUUGCAGCAUAUCCAGCAGGCGAGCUGGAUGGUGGAGCUUCUGGACCGGUACCACUCGACAUGUUCGAUGCCGGCCCGGAAGCGGGAGUGGGCAGUUGACCUGCCGCGGCCUUUUCGCAGAGUUGUGGAUCUGGAGAUGGAGGGUCGAAUUUCUCGCCCUUGGCGGCAAAGGCUGCGACGCAGAUGCCGUUGGAAAUUUUGAGGGUUUCUACAUUUCACUUCAUCAGCUCCCACUCGUCCAUCGCCCGCCAUAUCGAAGGCAUAUGGGUUGUGCUGCUGCUGCAGCUGCUGCAGCUGCUGCAGCAAGGCACGGAUGAUUGAUGGAUCCCUUCACUCACCAGUCACUUCAUCGGGCGUGCAAGUACUUCCACACACGCAAGGGAUCAGCGACUUUACGAUGUCUUCGGCGCCCGUAGUGCACAGACAGUAGGUGUCUGUCACGGAGCAGCUCGUGGUUCCUGCGGCGGCGACCACGCACUGCAGGGCACAUUGCGGGAUCUUGCUAAUGUCGAUGCCCACGGAAGACGAAUCCAUGGUGCCAUCUGCGAGUGCGAGGCUUGCUGCAGCUGCAGCGAAAGUGAGAAAGGCGUGCAUUGUGGGAAGGAGAAGAGGAAGAUGAUGAUAACGAGUUGAUUAGAGGGAGAGGCAGAAGAUGGAAUCUUGCUGAGACGGAUGUCACGGGCAAGUAGUAGUAGGCACACCGCACACUGGUGCUCUUCAGGAGUAAGUAGGGAAAAGUAAGAUGGAGAGGAUGAAAUGCGCUGGUAUAGGUACGUUUCGGUAAUAGCAGGUAAUAAUCAUAAUCAUGAUACU